AACCCCGGCCUGCCGCCUGACCCCACCUCACCGACGGAGGCUGACCGGGGAGCGUGCGAACGACCCCGCCACUGCUUUCUUCUUCCCCCAGAUCACACAUCCUCGCCCCAGAAGAUGGGGAACUGCCUCAAAUCCCCCACCUCGGAUGACAUCUCCCUGCUUCACGAGUCUCAGUCCGACCGGGCUAGCUUUGGCGAGGGGACGGAGCCGGAUCAGGAGCCGCCGCCGCCAUAUCAGGAACAAGUUCCAGUUCCAGUCUAUCAUCCAACACCUAGCCAAACUCGGCUAGCAACUCAGCUGACUGAAGAGGAACAAAUUAGGAUAGCUCAAAGAAUAGGCCUUAUACAGCAUCUGCCUAAAGGAGUUUAUGACCCUGGAAGAGAUGGAUCAGAAAAAAAGAUCCGGGAGUAA